AUGCCUGUCGGACCUCGAGUAUCCAAAGAAGAAUUCAUGCAUGCAUUGGGUCUAAAUCCCCAAGAUCCUCAUCAUGAACAAUACUAUCGUGCCAUGAGGGAUGAAGCGAUCAUGGUCUACAAUACCUUGAAUCGAGAUACCUCAAACCUCCUCGACAACAUACGCGCCGACCCAGCGACCCGCCCUCCAUUCUUCUGGCACCACAUUCGACCAGAUCGCCAGCGGUGGGCGAUUUUAGAGAUCUGGCGCAACGCUGCUCCCCUGACGCGCGCGCUCUUUGACCUUGGCGCCACAAAUGGUGAAUAUGGACCGAAUUGGGUGUCGGGGUGGUUGCUGUACAGUGUGUUUCGCUCGCGGGAUGUGAGGAAUAAUCGUAAUCGAAGGAAGGGAGAGACUGGAACUUCUGCAACGUCGGAGCCGGAAAAACAACAGACGGGGCAAUCGAGAGGAUACUAUGACCCUGUGCGGAAUGGAACAGUAUGA